UGCUCUCUGUACACGUCAUCCCACAGCAGCUCAAAACCACUGCGCAUGUGCAGGUCCGUCCAACUCCUUCCUUCCAGCUCUAGGAAUCAAAGGAGAAUCGUAAACGAUGAGGAUGCUGUACGUGUUGGCUCUGCUGGCCCUGAUCGGGCUGGGCUCCGCUGAGGAUGGAGCCCGUCUGCUGGCCUCCAAGUCCCUGCUGAACCGCUAUGCCGUGGAGGGCCGGGACCUCACUCUGCAGUACAACAUCUACAACGUAGGCACCAGUGCUGCUUUGGAGGUUGAGCUGUCAGAUGAUUCCUUCCCCCCUGAAGAUUUCGGGAUCGUUUCAGGAAUGUUGAAUGUCAAAUGGGACAGGAUUGCACCUGCUAGCAAUGUCUCUCACACUGUGGUAUUGCGCCCUCUUAAGGCUGGUUACUUCAACUUUACCUCGGCAUCUGUCAGCUACCUGGCCCAGGAAGGAGGGGAAGUGGUGGUUGGCUACACCAGCGCCCCCGGACAAGGAGGCAUCCUUGCUCAGAGGGAGUUUGACCGGCGCUUCUCUCCUCAUUAUCUGGACUGGGCUGCGUUUGGUGUGAUGACCCUGCCCUCCAUCGGCAUCCCUCUGCUGCUUUGGUACUCAAGCAAGAGGAAGUACGACUCACCAAAGGCCAAGAAAAACUGAAACUGCACCACUGGAUUUAAGGAGCUGGGGUUGGGGUAGAAGACAUGAAUGGACAAUGAGGGGCCAAUAAUGGGGAUACAGAAUAUGAGUGACUUAAUAACCCAUAUUGGGGUUGAAAUGCAAAUAUAAGUCAGUGCAUUGAUCAAGUCAUAUAAUGAGGAACUUUUUGGAGCAAACUGCCGCCGCAAAAAGCUCCUCUGGUUUGUUCCUACACUUUUGUAGUGAAUUCACCAAAAGUGUUAGCAGUGUCUUUACUGUGAAAACUUUUGUAAUUCUGGAUAAUGGACAGGUUUUCAUCCCUUCAUAUAUACACAUACAUAAUAUAGAAGAAACUGUUUGUGAGAUGUGUGACCUGAGAUCCUCAAGUUGAUUACUUAUGAAACUGUCUUUGUAGUUGGUAUGGAAGUUAUUGAAUUAAAACAAACUGGGUUUUUACAAAGAUGUUUCAUUUCCUUGUAAACUUUGGUGAAGUGAUAUUACAAGGUUUUGUUCAUUUCAUGAGUUUGCAAAGCUCAGUCAUUGUCUGUAUCUUUGUAUGCAAGAAAAUUAAGUCACCUUUUCAAAAGAUGUACCUGGAUCAGAGCAGUCUGGGUAAUCAGAUCCCAUUUUUUUCUGAUUUGAGAUCAAAAUGAUCUCAAUGGUUUUGACCCAGCUUUUCAAAACCCUGUCAGACUGAAUACUGCUGAUCUGGAUACCACAGGAUCAGGACUACCAAAUCUGCAUUCAGAAUGAUUUUAAUACCACUCUGUGUCCAUCUGCUGGAUAAACAGCUACUUUGGUUAUGAAAGAGAAAUGUGGCAGUCUGCCUAUGAGAGACCA